AUGUCCACGCCCCCUCCGUUCCGGAUCCCCCGCGAGGACAUUCUUGCCAACAGGAUCGAUAUCUCCACCUUAUAUGAGUGGCAUGCCAAGGAGAAUCCCGAACGACCAAUCUUCCUGUUCCAUGACGGCAAUACAGUCAAUACCAUCACCUACAAGCAGAUAGUACCCGCUGUUCGACGUGCAGCGCGGUACGUCAAAGCACGAAUGCCUCCGGCGCCGGGCACCGUGGCGGUAGUGGCACUGGCCGAUUCCAUCACGUAUACCACCACAUGCCUGGGUAUCGUUCGAGCAGGGUAUACCAAGUUCGUCAUAUCGCAGAGAAACGUACCUGCUGCGUUGGUGGACAUGUUCCGCAAGACCGAUUGCCGUCAUGUGCUCGCCUCGUCGGACAGCACCAUUCAAACGAUCAUGGCCGCAGUGCUGAAAGAGAUGGACGAUGUCACUGUUAUUCCCAUGCCAUCCUACCGGGAGCUAUUUCCGGAGAGUGCGCCCGAGGACGACCUGGCGCAGUCAGACGACCUCCCGAAGGAAUUUGAUAUGCAUAGCUCCCCAAUUAUCAUGCAUUCAUCGGGCUCCACGAAUCACCCGAAGCCAAUCUACUGGACACAUGCGAGGCUUAUGACCUGGGCGACUUCACCGUGGUAUGGCACUGUCGACUUCAACGGGGCAAAAUUUGCGAUACAUGGUACUCCCCUCUUCCACGGAAUGGGAGUGUGGUGUUACUACAUGGCGGCUAUUACGGGUGCAAUCUUAACGGUUUUCCCUCCCGUAACACCUCCAAUCUUUCCAACGCCAGACAAUGUGUUCGAGGCCACCAUGAAGACAGAUUCUGAAUACGUCAUGACGGCGCCCCUUUUCAUUGAAUCAUGGGCUCGUGAUCAAGAGAAAGUGGCCUACAUGACGAAGAUGAAGGCAGUAAUGUUCGGCGGCGCCCCGUUGGCACAAGAAGUCGGCGAUUCGCUCGCCUCUCUCGGCAUUUCCCUUUGCACAACCUUUGGAUGCACUGAAGUGGGUGCCCUUGGGAUGCUCUUUGUCGGGGACCCUGGCAUGGACUGGCCUUACUUCCCUUUCAAUCCGAUCUACAACACCAUUGCCGUCGAAGCGGCAACGGUCUUCACGAACUCAUCGUUCUGUGGUAUUGGUUUACAGGAAGAUCCGGCCAUGCCGCUUCCCAAGGCAAAUACCCAGAUCAACGGCCGGAACGCUUACGCGACAAAUGAUUUAGUCGAGCUUCAUCCGACAAAGCCAGGUUUGUACAAGUAUUAUGGACGUCUAGACGACCAGAUCGUCUUGUCCAACGGCGAGAAGACGAAUCCGAUUCCCUUGGAGAAGCUGCAGGAGUUCCGCAACAAGAUCUGGGAGACCAUUGAGCGAGCGAAUGGGCAGGCUCCGCAGCAUUCCCGUAUCUUCAAAGAGAUGGUUAUGGUCACCUUGUCUUCGAAACCGUUCACAUACAACAUCAAAGGCUACCCUCGCCGGCCCGUCAUCCUAAAGCUAUAUUCUGACGAAAUCGAGGCCCUUUACAAACAAGUGGAAGAAAGCGCACAAAUGGACAUCGCCGCUCCUACCGUCUGGAACGCAGACGGCGCUCGGACGUUCAUCCGAACCACCGUCGAGAAAGUUACCAAUCGGUCCCUCAAAGACGACGCAGAUCUGUUCCGAAACGGCUGUGACAGCCUGCAGGCGACGUGGAUCCGCAACACGAUCCUUAGGGUCGUCCGCGAGCUCUCCCCCACAGCGGCUCAGCAGGUUCCUAUCAACCUCAUCUACCAAGCCCCGACCAUCGUCGCCCUGGCCGAGGCCGUGCUCGCUAUCGUCAACCGCACUUCGACCGUUUCUCCCUUUGCGACGGCCGCGGCCGACCUCGAGCGCCUGGCAGAGGAACGUCGUGGUGAUCACGGCACGACGGGAGGCUUCGGCUGCGACGCUCUGGAGCACCUGUUGCUUGACGAGAGCAUCGCGAAGGUGUACGCGUUCGGGAGGCAAGUAGACAGGCAGCAACAACGGUUUGUUGAGAGAGGACUGGACGUGACUUUGCUGGGCACCCCGAGGUUCAAGGCAGUGGAGGCGGUCCUGGAAGCCCCUGACUUUGGCAUCGACCCGGCCCUGCUCGAAGAGAUCCGCGGAUCCGUUACGCACGUCAUGCAUAACGCGUGGACUGUGAACUUCAACAUGUCCCUCGCCUCAUUCCAGCCCGAUCUCAAGGCAGUUCGAACUUGGUCGAUCUCUGCCUCAGCUCUCCCUUCAAGGAUCCUCCAAGCUGCAGCUGACUGCACUAUCCCGCCUCCAAUCCCAGAGAUCCCAAUCGAGCCCUCUGCGCCCCUCGGCACCGGUUACGGCGAGUCCAAAUGGGUCGCCGAACAGAUUCUCCGUAACGCCACGACGCGCGCCGGCCUCCCCGCGCUCGUCGUCCGCCUCGGUCAGAUCAGCGGCGCGAAGACCGGACACUGGAACGAGCGCGAGUGGUUCCCCGCGCUCGUCAAGUCCGCCGAGUUCACCAAGUGCCUGCCGGAUCUCGACGGAGACGUGUCUUUCAUCCUCGGCCACCCCGCCUCCCGGGCCUUCGUCGAGAUGCGCCGUUCCCCCGCGCCGUUCCUGCACCUCGUGCACCCGCGGCCGGUCCCCUGGCGCACGCUCGUCGUGCCCAUCGCCUCCGCGCUCGCCGCGCCGCUCGUGCCGUACGCCGACUGGCUCGCCGCGCUCGAGUUGUCGGGCGCGGACGCGGACGCGGCGAGCGCGAAUCCGGCGCUGCGCCUGCUCGACUUCUUCCGCUCGCGCGCCGCGGUGCGCGAGGGCCGAGAGCCGCUCGGGACCGCCAUCCUGGACACGGGACGAGCAUGCGAGGCGUCGCCGACGCUCAAGGACAUGUCGCCGCUGACGACCGAGGACGCAGAGAGGUGGGUCGCGGCAUGGCGCGCGAGUGGGUUCUUGAAGGCGUGA